GGAAUAAAAUGAAUGUAAAAUUGAAUCAGAUUGAAUGGAAUCUGACCAAUAACUGUCGUGGUUCAAGUAAUCUUGACUUUGAAAAUAUAAAGUUAUAUUCUACAUAUAUAUUUACCUGAAUAUUAUUAAUAUUUACAGAAUGAACGGUUUGUGUUGAAUAGAUUCCAAAAUGAAAUAUUCCACAUCACCACCAGUAAGUAGAUGUAAUUCACCAGGUCCAGUUGAAACAGGUUCAAAUUUACCUAUGCCAGUAACUUACAGACAAGACUGUAUGGGUGCAGCAACAAAAUGUUACAAGUAUCUAAGGAAAUUAUUAAAAUUUGAACAAAUGGACUUUGAAUUUGCAUUAUGGCAAAUGAUCUUUUUAUUUAUAUCGCCACAAAAAGUAUAUAGAAAUUUUCAAAGUAGAAAACAGACAAAGUCACAAUUUGCAAGGGAUGAUCCUGCAUUUUUGGUACUAUUAAUGUGUUGUCUAUGUAUAUCUUCUAUUGGUUUUACCAUUGUUUUGGGAUUAGGAUUUCUUCAAUUUAUAAAGCUACUAUUUUAUAUGAUAUUUAUUGAUUAUCUUGCAGCUGGCUUAAUAGUAGCAACAGUAUUUUGGAUUAUAACAAAUCGUUAUCUAAGAAUUGACAAAACCCAAGAUGUAGAAUGGGGUUAUGCAUUUGACAUACACUUAAAUGCAUUUUUUCCACCUUUAGUCAUACUCCAUAUCGUACAGUUGUUUUUGUACAAUGGUCUUAUAAACUAUGAUACAUUUUCAUCACGAUUUGUUGGAAACACAAUCUGGUUAAUAGCUAUUAGUUACUAUAUUUACAUAACAUUCUUGGGUUACACAAGUAUGGAAAUACUUCACAAAACACAUAUAAUAUUAUCAACAUUACCAAUAAUAUUAGUAAUGUAUAUUAUGACAACUUGUGCAGGUAUCAAUAUUAGUCAUUUAGUUAUGGAAUUUUACCAUUAUCGAGUUGUUUGAAUAAAGCUUAUUUUAUUACAAAA